GUACGUAUCGAGUAUCAUUGAAGUCCAUGUAUGUAUGUUAAUUCGGUAUUAAUAUAGGUCUCGCACUUUGAAUGAAUAUAUAUUUUGUAUCCAAUCCUGUGAAUUUAAACUCUUCAUUACAUCCAAUACAAAGUAUCGAAACUUUCAUAUGGUGUUUGGCCCUCUGUGAUUGGUGCGUAGAAGUUGAUUUUGCCGUGACUCAUAUAGUGAAUGAUGUGAUCGACGAUUGUAUAAAUACAUAUAGGAAGCGUUCAGGAAGUCGAACGAAAUAAAAACCUGGAUACCCAAACAGCCCACACGUCGAAUUUGGUACACCAUUCGUACGCAGUAGAUCCAACAGAUGUGUGAAUUCUCGACACUGCAAACAGCAACUGUAUACAAACUCCAUCCAAUUUUGUUGUAUUAAUACACAUCUGUGUACACACUUAGUAAUUUUAGUCAAAGUACAUACUUCAGCCUCAUUUUCUUCCUAUCAAUAGACUUUUUCUCGUCACACCACGAAUCAAUUCAAAUAUACAAGUCCUAUCAGUCAUGUCGGUGAUCGCACUAUCGCCGUCGGAGCCCAUGCGGGAUACUAUUCCUCUGCCUGGGCCUAAGCCGCGAUUCAGAAAGACGCCAUUAUCUCAGCGCAAAUACAGUGAGAAGCAGUCGCGCCGGGGAGGGCGCAGACAUCAGCGAUACCUUGACUUGAUGGAAUUGAUGGAGCUAGAAGAAGAGUUCGAUUGGAAUUAUGUCGAGCCAAAACGGCGUACGAGUUUUGAUAUACUGCUGGAAAGGCCGAGCUAUGCACAUGAGUGGAUUGAUCUUGACGCAGACCAGGAUAUAGUGGUUGCGGAAACCUAUUCCCGGCCAUCCUUCGGUGAUGUCAAGGAUCGCUCCCGCGGUGCACUGAGUGCGACCCCUCAAGAUUGUUUUAAUCGAAUGGACAGACAUAUCAGGAAGGCUUACAACAAGACAAACAUACCCCUGGAAAUGGUGAACUCGUUAGAGAAGGAACUGGUUUGCAACUUCACGGACGACCCAGAUAUGGUGGUUGUCUGGAAGAUGAAUAAUAGCUUCCUUCGAAUGCUCGUGCAUGGUCUGUGCCAGUAUCACAACCUGGCAUCAGAGACAGACGAGACAUCAGAUGGGAACUGUCAUAUUGUAAUUGAGAACACCCGCGGAUAUUUCGGCUCCACUCAUCUGCUUUCGGAGUAUCUACAGUAGAGCGAAUUCGAACGCCUGCGGAUUUUCGUGGUAUAAUCUGCAAGCGAGAUUAUUCUAUUGAGCUCUGCUUGUGGGUUAUACGGCAAUGGGUGGUCUAUCACUUCGAAAGUAGCGCGAUCUACGAUGGUUUGCGCGGAUUAGAUCUGAAUUGUAGGUUUCAGCGUGUGCACUGACUGGUGUGAACGUGCAGCAACGGAUGCUUCGUGACUGUAAACAGUUGAGUCACACAGGGUUCAGUGGUCAAUGUGUUCAGAGCAACAAGUGGUUGCAGAUGCUCUCGUCAGCUAUUUAUGAUAGAUUGUGAUGUAGUCUAUGACAUAUACCGCUUUGUCUGCCAUUUCGCGAAAACUGGUUCCGGUUAUAGCUCAUACAUCCCGUUUCUGAGUCCGCCAUAUUUUCUCGAGAUUGAAAUUUGGUCGAGGUCAAUUCGUUAUCGUUUUUCCAGUCUCGAUAUAUGGGUGUUGAAUCGCUUCAAAGUUUGGUUGCGGCCACUGCAUCUGGUAUCGACGCUGUCACUGUCAUCAUAUUGGGUCCUACGUGCAAUCAUGGGGUAGUGUGAAUGCUCUGGCAUUGAUCCUGGUGUGGAGAUUCCUGAUUGGUGUCUGCAUCAGGAGUUUGUGACUAGGCCCAAGUCAAUGUGAAAUGCAUACGUAUACAUUUCUCGUAUUGAUUAAUAGUUGACAGUUCGCAUAUCGAGUUUAAAUUUGUGGACGCAUAGGCAGGCUAUGUACACCUGCUCGCUAAAAUAAAGCCUGAUUGGUAAACCUACUUCCUACUCGUGAUACUGGUCGAUGUAUUAGUUGAAUAUUUGACUAUACUAUUUGCGCGUGGAUAUCUGACUUUUGCACUUAUAAAAGCAAUCAAGCAUACACGACGCCUAAAAUAUCUCAACAUCAAAUCUAAUGUUGGAAAGUGAUUCAGGCUAAUGCAGAC